AAUGGAUCUAAGAGCUCUCAAAGAAACAAGUCUUGAUAUACUUUUCUCAUCUGCUCAGGACGCGACUGGAUGCAUGGAAACGAUUGAGGUUCUCUUCCAAAAUGGCCACUCAAACGAUGCCAAACCAUACUUAGUUGCAAUAAAUCCAAAAAGUGGAUCGGGGGAUGCUCUAAAUAGGUUCAACUUCAAAAUUGCUCCCAUUUGGAAACAAAUGAAUGUUUCGUAUGAACUAUUUUGUACAGAAUAUUCAGGCCAUGCCGAAAAUUUCAUCACAAAUUUACCCAAAGCAAAUCUUUUACGCUAUCGUGCAAUCGUCGUGUGUUCAGGCGAUGGACUAGUGUAUGAAGCAGUUAAUGGACUUAUAUCAAGAAAAGAUUAUGAUGAAAUUAUUAAAGAGGGUAUAACACCGAUCGGAGUUAUCCCGGGGGGUAGUGGUAAUGCAACUGCUGCUUCAAUUUGUUAUUGUUCUGGUUUAUUAGGCAAAUCAUCACUUUUAUCACACUGUGCCUUUCUGUUAACGUUACCAACUGAAAAUAUACAACAACAUCAAUCCAAACAGGUCAUUGGUCAAAGUCAGUAUUGCAACUUUUCUUUACCAGUUUUACCUUGCAUCAGUCCUUUGACGGGAAUACAUUUUGGAACAGGUGAUGUGAAAUUUCAUCGAUAUGGUAUUCAAAGUAUUGAAUGGGGUUUCUUUGCCGAUUUGGAUUAUAAGAGUGAACGAUUUCGUUGGAUGGGUGAAAAUAGAUUUUUAUUUUAUGGAUGUUACUAUCUGAUGAAGAAACCAACAUAUCGUGCUAAAUUAUCAUACUUACCGUUUGAAGAUUCGCUACACCAAAAAAACGAAUUUAAAAAUGCUGAAAUGGUUAAAAAGUCUUCUGCACCGUCAGUGGCGAACGAUUUGACAGACAAAUUAAAUGGAUCCCCUGAUUGUACUGAAAAAUCAUGUAAAUCCUGGUCAUUUCUGCCAGAAACUAAUCAACCGAUUUCUAAUCACCAAGAUAAAUGGGUUAUUCUAGACAAAGAAUUCCUUUCAAUAUUGGUAUUAAAUCAUUCUCAUAUUUCAUCAAGUUUCAUCGUGUAUCCAGAUGCUCAUUUUAGUGACCCAUAUCUGACCUUAUUAAUUCUUCAUGAAAAUACAACAAGAUUUGAUAUACUAGCUUUGUUACGAUCAAUGUCAAACAGUCAAGGCCUUCAACCAACGUCAUACAUGGACAUUGUGAAAAUUUGUGCUUUACGAAUAGAACCGUAUUCUAAGGAUUCAGUUGUCACAAUGUUGGACGGAGAGCUUAUGCCAUCAGGUAUAUGUCAAGCAGAAGUUGUGCCUGGAAUUUUAAACGUUGUUUCAGGCAGCAAUGUUGUAUGAUCUCCAGAACGUUUCAGCAUUCCAUCCUUAGGAUUGUGUGAUUUAGUUUCACACAAUCUAAUGUGAAAAAGUUAUUUUUGGAUAUUAUCUGCACACAAAAAAAAAACAAGAAGAAGAAGAAGAAGAAGAAAAAUGAAGACACUGUUGAUUAUGUUUGUGUUGUUAGUGCGUGAUUUUUUUUCAUCCUAUUUUAUAUUGUUUAUAUUUCCAAUGAAUUAAAUCGAGUGUCAGGCAGGGAUUUUAUCUUUUAUCUACAGUAAUAAUAAUUUCAGUACUUUAAAAAAAAUAAAAAAGAAACGAAGAAAAAUCUCUCUCUCUCUCUCUCUCUGUUCAUUUUAAUAAAUCAUGAAUUUUGUGAAGAUUGAUUACUACUUAUUGUAAAGUUUUUAUUUCGAA